AUGGAAAAUGGGUUAAUUGCGAUGUUUGAGUUAGGAACAUUGGGAGCCGGGAAUCAUUAUGGUGAGGUACAAGUGGUUGAUGAAAUCUACGACGAAUAUGCAGCUAGUAAAAUGGGCAUCGAUCGUGUGGGGCAAGUUUGUGUUAUGAUUCAUUGCGGUAGCCGUGGUUUGGGACAUCAGGUUGCCACCGAUUCGUUGGUUGUUAUGGAAAAAGCAAUGAAAAGAGACAAAAUCAAUGUGAACGAUCGUCAGCUGGCCUGCGCAAGAAUCAAAUCUGCGGAAGGUAGAUUUCAUUUUGUUCGAGAACCACUGAAUUUCAUUCGUAGAAGCAUUUUGUUGUCCAAGCAUUACACGUAG